UGACUUUCUUUGUUUAAAUCAACAUUCUUAAAAUAAUUUACUCGCGUUAUUAAGAUAGUGAUUUAUUACGAACAUAUUUUAAUGAUGAGCUCGCCGUUUAAUUUUGAAGACCUCUUUCCACGUGAAGAAAACAAAACGCCGUCAUUUGAAAAUUUUCUGUGUGAUGAACUUAAAACACCGACACAUGAAAAUUCCCAAUGUGAUGAACUUAAAACACCAACAAACGAUAAUAAUUGUCCGGCUUCAAAUGUGCACGAUGUUGAAACUCCAAAAACUUCCCGGAAAAGAGCUUCUGAACUUUCCCAGACCGGGAAAUAUGGUAAACGUUCCAGACUACCUGAAGAUCAAAAAUUUUCUAAUGGAUGGAAUUUAAAUUUGGAAGAAACAGCACCAGAAUUUCCAGAAGAACCUUUGCAAAUUAAUGAUGAACUUGAUAAGGCAAUAAAUGAUGCAAUUAAAGAUGUUACAGAACCAACUGAAGCAUCUUCUGGAUGGUGGGAGCAGUUCACCGAAUAUCUUUCGAAGAUGGAUUCUCCAAAGUCUCCCAAAGAAUCUGAAGUGAUUGACCAAAACAUAGAAGAGACUAAAGGCAACUUUGAAGACAACAAGUUUGGUGAAUCUCUGAAAGUAGAUUUAAAUAAUGAAUUUGAACAAAUUUUAAAAUCAACGUCUGAGCAAAUGGAUAACAAAAAGAAUGAAUAUUCUACGAAGAAGGAUACGCCAAGGCCUUCAAAACACACCGAUUCGAUUGACCAGGAUGUAAUGAAAAGAAAUGAUACAUCAUCAAAACAAGUAAAGAGUACUAAGGAUAUUAAUGAAAACAAGUCUGGCGUAUCGGACAACUUAGUUUCCAUAUUUGGAUUACCAGCUGAAAACCAUAAAAGUGAGCAGAAACAGAAAGCUAUCUUCGAACGAAAGCCUAAAGAUAAGGAGGCCCAAAAGCCCGUUAUUGAAGAUCAGCCAUUUGAAGAAGAUAACGAGCCAAUGAAGGAAUUUUUGGCAGCAUUUACAAAAUUUGCUCCUUUGCAGCAAAGGGAAAGCCAAGUGCCAGAAAAUGCAGAGAUUGGAGAAACGAACAGAGACGUAGACGCCGAAAGCAAGCUGGAAACAGGAAAUUCGAAAAAUUCAUCGGACUCCGAAGAUUUCUUGAAGAACAUUGAUAGCUCUGAGUCGGCGAAGGAAUCAUCGUGUUCUGACUCGGAAUCUGUAACCGAUUCAAAAUCAAAGAAAAAAGCUCGAAAACGGAAUGCAACUUCACCAUCUGGUUCUAGUCAAGGAGAGUCCAACGAAUCCAAAAGUGAGGAGAAUGCACAAGAUCCUUUUGCAUUAGUCGAAGCAUUGCGAGAAAUGGAAAAUAAAGAAAAAUCUGGCGGCAAGCAAAAAAAAUCAAAGAAAAAACGCAAAAGCAAAAGAAAGUGGAACAGCUCCUCAGAUUCAAGUUCUAAAGGAAACAAUAAACGCUCUAGAAAGCACAGCGACUCGGACAGCGAUGAUUUCCUCACGUCCCGCAAAUACAAAUCAAAACAUAAGGCAAAUGUUAGGAAUGGCUUGGAUUUCUAUGAAGAUGACAGUGUAAGUGAAGAUGAUAGAUUUAGCUCUGAUGGUUUCGGUUAUAAUGAAAAGCUCAACUCGGAUUUUUCAAAUGCAAAUCAAUUAAACGAGUAUGAGGAGCUGUUCAAUAAGAUGUAUCAGAUUUUUGAACAGGUUCCCAGUCGCUACAAAUACGAAAUGAAUACUGUGCUUUAUCCCACUCUAGUUGUGGUUUAUCUACGCAUGAUUGCCAGCGGCAAGUUUCGACGAGGCAAAACCUUUGUGGAGUCCUCGAUGCGUUCCUUAGAUCACUCUCUAAUGCCACGUAUCGAUAAACUAAUGACGCUCCAAUGCUCAGCCGAUCUGCCAAAGAAGGCCAGAAGAUUGCUCGCUGGCGAGCAACAAGCUCGGGUUAAAGUAGUUCUGUGUGAGCAGAGCUACGAACUGCUUAUGUCCUUUAAGAAAAGCUGGGCAUCCUCAAAGCAGUCUUUAUUCGAACAGCAUUUCGAAUUGAUUGUUAAGGAGAACAAUGGAGUACCGUAUCAGCAAAUUGGAAUUGGUUGCGCCCCCUUGGAUAAGGUUUAUUGGGCCACAGGCGAAGCAGUCAAGGAGCCGCCACUGCCCAGUCCUCGAGCAGCGCGACGCAAUCGCUUGAAGAAAACCAAACUGUCACCUGUUAAGAACCUGCACAUGCCCAUUGGCAAUCGUCUCUAUACUCCAAUGCCCAGACGUUGGGACUUGGAACUGCAAAAGGACGAUGAGGACCAUCGAGUGCCUUUGGACAAAGAUAACUUGCCAUCGAUUUAUAUCCAUGAUGUGCGCGAGAAGACUGAAUCUGUGAUCUGUGCCACCCUCUCCAGCAAGGCCACAAUGCUGGCCAUUGGCACUCAGUCGGGUGCAGUCCACGUCUCCUCGCUGACCUCUACAAAGCUGGUGAAAAUCAAGUCGGCCAAGAGCUUGGAGAAACUCGACACCAGCACUCCGGGUAUAGAUGAGCGCAUGAUGGAUGCGUCGAGUGAAAGAAUGAUACGUAAACUCUAUGGACAUCAAGGAUCUGUUUACAGCUGCGCCUUUGAGCCGCAUGAUCAUUUCCUGUUGACUUCGUCCCAGGAUCGCACUGUGCGUUGUUGGUGCCUCUUCACGUGGAGCUGUGUGGUCAUCUAUCCCGGCCACAUGGCAGCGAUCUACAGCGUGUGCUAUGCGCCCCAAGGCUAUUACAUUGCCACCGCCUCUGAAGAUCGCACGGUUCGCAUUUGGACGCAGGACAGUCGGAAAUCACUCUGUGUGCUCGUCGGACAUCUGGCCGAGGUGAGUAACUGCAAGUUUCAUCCGAAUAGACAUUACUUGGCCACGGGAUCGGCCGAUUGCACUGUUCGCUUGUGGGACAUUAUUAAGGGAGUUCAGGUUCGACUUUUCACUGGUCACAGAGAUGGCAUCACUGCUUUGGCCUUUUCAACUUGUGGACGCUACUUGGUCACAGGUUCUAAUGAUCAUUAUAUAGUUGUAUGGGACAUCGAAAAGGAGCAGUUGGUGCGUGCUCUGUCCUAUCACACUGCGGGCAUUAACAGCAUUGUGUUUGCCAUGGAUAACAAGCUCUUUAUGGUUGGGGGACAGGAUGGCGAGUUAUCGAUUUGGAACUUCGAGCAUCUAGUUCAGGAAUACGAUUCGGAUGAGAUAAGGAAAUUGACGAACUCGAAAAGAAAAAGCUCGAAGCUUAAGAAUGACGAUUUGCUGGUCAUCUCUUACCCCACCAAGGAAUCUUCUUUCUAUGAGCUGCACAUCACGCCCCGCAAUUUACUACUUGCGACUUGUAUUUUUAAAAUGGAGGCCCCUGAUAAAGAGUCUGACAUGAACAAGUCUACUGAUGAUGAAGAGCUCGCAAUGAUUAAGGCUUACUUUAGAGCGCAAUCGAAUCGUGAAAAGGUAGUCAUGAAAUCGACUUGUGAUGAAUGUGGUUUGGACAUUUUCAAAUCGUUGAUGGGCUAUAAAAUUGAAUCACCAGAAGAUGACAGCCCAGAGACAGAAACUGUUUUAGAUGACGUGGUCGGUACAUCUCUUAAAAAAGAGUUCCAUUUGUCAAACGAAAAGCUUUGUGAAUCUUUAGAUAUCAUUUUGGAUGACUUCGAUGAUAUAGUUGACGAAGAUAAGCGAAGUGUUGUUAAAGUAUUUAAUCAUGAAGGCUGCAAUAGUAAUGCUGAUGCAGUAUUAGAAGAAAAAUCUAAAGAACAACAGCAAGAAGAUGUAGUUAUUGUUGAAGAAGAAUCGACCAGGCCAGACAUAAUAGAAAUACCAAGCGAAUCCCAAAUGAACAAUGAACAGUUUAAAGGGUAUUCGACAGAUUCAAGCACGGAAAGUGAAGAUGUUUCAGAUAUCAGAUCCCUAGAAUCAUCUGACAGUAACACUCUUCAAACUCCCAAUAUAAUUACGAAGAACUGGGUAAACAAAAAUCGGAUAGAAGAAUUAAGAAAACGCCAAGAAGGUAAUAAAAAAAAACGCAAGCUUCCACUUAAGACAGUUAGAAGGGGAAUUCUUUCUCGUGGCAAAAAUCUCCAAUUGCUUCAAGACAAUCUCAAAAUAGGUAAUCAACAAGUACAAAAUAUUUCUCAACAAAAUAAUACUGCAUCAAAUGUGUUACCACCUACAAAGGAACUAAAGCAAUCAAACCUUUCAGAAGUUGAUUCAUAUGGCACCAAAAAUGUUAACAGAGAAGUCCGUAGGCCAUAUUUAGGAUAUAACGCUAAUCCAGUUGCUUUUAAUCAUGGAGAGAAAGUGAAUCUAAUAAACAAGGAUGCUAGAAAUGAAAACAACGAAGUUUCAAAGUACCAAAUGGAUGAACGUAAGCCAGUUCUUCAUACUACUCAUGAAACUAUUGAUUUUAAGCAACCAGGAAAUGGAAAUGAGAACAAACCUCUUCCCAAACUCAACCAACAACUGAAUGUAGAAAAUAAUUGUGCUGGACAAAACCAAACUAGAAAAUACUCUGCACCUCAAAGUGUCAAUUAUCUAAGAAACCAGAUAGCGAGAAAUCAAUAUAACACAACUCAGAAAUUCCAAAUGGUACCAUGUAAUCCACGACUUGAUCCUAAUCGAAAAACAAUUGUGGGAAAUAUAGCGAGUGGUCAAAACCAAACUAGGGAACAUCCUGGAUAUGCUGGUAAGAUAGUUGGUGUAAAUGAGGAAGCUGGAAAUCAAAGAAAUAUAGUUUUGAAACACCAAAUGAAGCCACAAAAUCCAGGAUGUUCUGUCAAUUAUCUAAGAAACCAGAAAGUUGGAAAUGAAAAUACGAUGUUCCCGAAACCCCAAAUGGUACCACGUACUCUAGCUUUUAAUCCUCAAACUAUUGCUGGUUUUAAGCGACAAGAAAUUGAAUGUGAAAACAAACCUGCAUUAAAAUUAAAUAUGGCAAAUAAUUGUACUGGACUAAACCAAACUAGAGGAUGUCCUGGCAAUCCAUUAGCUGUAAAUCAGAAUAGGAUAAUCUCGAAAUACCAAAUGGUAACACGUAAUCCAUCUCUUGAUCCUAAUCAUGAAACAAUUGCUGACUUUAAGCGUCAAGAUAAUAGAUUUGGAAACAAACCUCCUUCACAAGUAUAUAUGACAAAUAAUUGUAGUGGACCAAACCCCAUUAGAGAAUGUCAUGGCAAUUAUCUAAGAAACCAGAUGGUUGAAAAUCAAAAUAGGAUGGUCCCGAAAUUCCAAAUGCUACCACGAAAUUUAGCUCCUGAUCCUAAUCGUAAAACAAUUGCUGACUUUAGGUGUCAAGAAAAUGGAAUUGGAAACAAGCCCACUUCAAAUCUAAAUGUAGAAAAUAAUUCUGUUAGACAAAAUCUAUAUAAUCACAAUAUUCUUAAUGUCAUGGAGAGCCAUGAUAAAUCGAACACAAUAAUUCGCUCAACUAAUGAAAAUGGCUAUAAUGAAAACACUUCAGAUUCAGAUUCCAGAUCUACAGAAUAUGAAUCUUCUUCUGAUGAAGUUGCCGAAGAUAUUUCGAUGAAAGAUUCCAAUUCGAUAAAUGCAUUUUUACCUCAAAAAGCAAAUAGUAAACAAAACAGGAAGGUAUCAGAUGGAAAACCAGGAACAAAUGACGAAACCGAUUUAAGCACACAAAGCGAGUCUUCGGACUCUAGCGAAGUGGAAGAAGAAGUGCCUAAACACAGUGGACCCGCUUUUAUUCCUCAAAAUAUGAGCAAUGAACGAAACAAAAUCGUCUCUGCAGGAAUAACGGAAACAUCCACGCAUUAUUCAAAAGAUGGCGAAUCUUCAAAUUCUAGCUCUGAGAAAAAAGACGUCACAGAUGAUCCUAAAGAAUUAUCUAUGAAGGACAAGGAGCACGCCCAAAAUGUAAAUAGAACAACUGGAAAAUCCAUGCAUUAUUCCACAGAUGACCACUCUUCAGAUUCCAACUCAGAAGAAGACGAAUCCUCAGAUGAUACUGAAGAAUUAUCUAUACAAAAUGAUGAGCAUAAUCAAAAAGUAUACGGAAGAACUGGAAAGUUAAUGUUCGAAGAAGAAGAUAAAGCUUCAGAUUAUUCUGAAAAAUUACCUAUGAAGGAGAAAGAACAAAAUGAAAAAGUAUAUACAAGAAGAACUGGAAAGUUAAUGUUCGAAGACGAAGCCUCAGAUGGUCCUAAAGAAUCAUCUAUUAGGGACAAGGACAACAACACUAAAGUGUAUGGACGAGGAAAGAUAAUGUUCGAAGAAGAAGAAAGAGUCCCAGAUGAGUACAAGAACUUACCUACGAUACACAAUAACGAAAAUAAGAAGGUAUAUGAGAGAAGAUCUGGGAAAUCCAUGUAUAAUUCGAAAGAUGAUGAAUUCUCAGAUUCUAACUCAGACGAAGAAGACGAAGUCUCAGAGGAUCCACCUAUAAAAGAGAAUGAGCACAAUGGAAAUGUAUCUGAAAGAAGAACUGGAAAGUUAAUGUUCGAAAAAGAAGACAAAGCUUCAGAUUUUUCUGAAAAAUUACCUAUGAAGGAGAAAGAACAAAAUGAAAAAGUAUAUAAAAGAAGAACUGGAAAGUUAAUGUACGAAGAAGAAGACAAAGCCUCAGAUGAUCCCAAAGAAUUAUCUAUUAAGGACAAGGACAGCAACAGAAAAGUAUAUGGACGAGGAAAGGUAAUGUUCGAAGAAGAAGAAGAAGAAGUGCCAGAUGAGUACAAGAAAUUACCUACGAUAAACAAUAACGAAAAUAAGAAGGUAUAUGCGAGAGGAACUGGAAAAUCUAUGCAUAAUUCAACAGAUGACGAAUCAUCAGAUUCUAAUUUAGAAGAAGAAGAAGUCUCAGAGGAUCCACCUAUAAAAGAGAAUGAGCCCAAUGCAAAUGUAUCUGGAAGAAGAACUGGAAAGUUAAUGUUCGAAGAAGAUGACGAAGCUUCAGAUCAUACUAAAAAAUUACCUAUGAAGGAGAAAGAACAAAAUGAAAAAGUAUAUAAAAGAAGAACUGGAAAGUUAAUGUACGAAGAAGAAGACAAAACCUCAGAUGAUCUCAAAGAAUUAUCUAUUAAGGACAAGGACAACAACAGAAAAGUAUAUGGACGUGGAAAGAUAAUGUUCGAAGAAGAAGAAAGAGUCCCAGAUGAGUACAAGAAAUUACCUACGAUAAACAAUAUCGAAAAUAAGAAGGUAUAUGCGAGAAAAACUGGAAAAUCUAUACAUAAUUCAACAGAUGACGAAUCAUCAGAUUCUAACUUAGAAGAAGAAGACAAAGUCUCAGAUGAACCACCAAAAUUACCUAUGAAAGAGAAUGAACACAAUGGAAAUGUAUGUAGAAGAAGAACUGGAAAGUUAAUGUUCGAAGAAGAAGAAAUAGAAGAUAAAGAAAACUCAGGUAUUCACAAGAAAUUAUCACCGAUAAACAAGAAAGAAAACUUACAAGUAUCUGCAGGAAGAACUGGAAAAUUCAUGCAUUAUUCAACCGAAGAAGAAUCUUCAGAUUCUAAUUCAGAUAAAGAUGAAGCCUCAUAUGAUUCUAAAGAAUUAUAUAAGAAUACCAAUGAUCACACCGAAAAAGGAAGAAAAACUGGAAAAUCGAUGCAUUGUUCAACAGACGAUGAAUCUUCAGAAGAUAAAGUAUCCUCAGAUGAUGACCAAGACUUAUCUAUAAAGAAUAAUCUUCAAACCGGCAAAGUAACUGCAAGAAGAACUGGAAAAUUAAUGCUCGAAGACGAAGAGGAAGAAUUUCUGGAUGCUUGCAAGAAAUUACCUAUGACAAAGAAGACAGAUGAUGAAUCUUCACAUUCUUACUCAGGAGAAGACGAAGCUUCAGAUAGUUCCAAAGGAUUUUCUAACAGAAGCAAUGAGGAAAACGGAAAGGAAUUUGGAAGGAAAACUGGAAAAUUGAUGCGCUCUAAAAAUUUAUUAGAAGACGAAUCAGAUUUAAGUUCGCCAAGUGAGUUUUCAGAUUCUAGCGGAGAAGAAAAUGAAAAGCUAAAUAAAAAAUUAUCUGGAAGAAAAUCUGGGAAAUCCCUGCCCCCUAAAAGUUCAUCAGAUGAAAAAUCCGACUUAAGUCCGCCAAGCGAGUUUUCAGAUUCUAGCGGAGUAGAAGACGAAGCACCAGAUGUUGCUGGAAAAUUACCUUUGGGGGGAAAUGAAGAAAAUAAAACAGUUUCUACCGGAAAUACUGGGAAAUCCAUGUCACCCAAGAAUUCAACAGAUGACGAAUCCGAUCUAAGUCCGCCAAGCGAAUUUUCAGAUUCUAGCGGAGUAGAAGAAGAAGCACCAGAAACGGUGAAAUCCCUGUCAGAUGACGAAUCCGAGUUUUCAGAUUCUAGCGGAGUAGAAGAAGAAGCACCAGAAACUGUGAAAUCUAUGUCAGAUGACGAAUCCGAUCUAAGUCCGCCAAGUGAAUUUUCAGAUACUAACUCUGACGACGACGAAGCUCUAGAAGAUGCUUCAAAUAAAAGUUCGUCCGAAGAUGAGUAUUGUGGAUCUUCGGACGAUCCCAAUGUUUUGGAUCAAAAUAGAAGCAAUGAAGAUAAAGAGCUGGAAAAAGGUAUAUCCAUGGAUAAGAAUUCAAGAUCAAUAGAAGAUAAAGAAAACAUCACCUCAGGGUUAAAGCAAUUUGAAAACUCGUCUAGUAAUGAAGCUUCAGGCGAAAACAAUAUUGAAGAUAAGUCCUCAGACGAUGCUAAUGAUGAAGCUUUAGAUGGAGGCAGAACAGGAAUAGUUGCAAACUCAUCCGAAGAUGAAACUUCUAAGAAUUCCGAUGAUGGUAUUAAUAUUAUGAAACAACCAAAGCUAAUGGAAGGCGUAACCAAAAGUUCAACGAUAGGGGAAUAUAGUGAGAAAAAAACUGAAGAAGAGUCCCCAGGUAUAGACGACUUCAAGGAUUAG